AGUAGGUGACGUGGCCGUUCGUGAUUGGUCGAGCAUGCUCCUUGGCAGUGGAGUCUUUGUGACUUGAAGGCUCCGGCUCGCAGAUGCAUGUGUGGCUGUGUGCAAAGGGUCCAUGAGAGGAAAGAGAAGAGAACAAACGAAAGUAGAAGACGGAAGAGCAACAAAGCAGACAUUAAAGAAGAAGAAGUUUAGGGAACUGGGAAGAUUGCAAUGUCUCCCAGCAUCUGUUCCCUGCCUGUUGUGUCCGGGCUCAGCUUGGUGGUCUUGCUGUUUUCUGUAACGAGUUUCCCUUCAUGCUUAAGUGACAGAGUCACAGAGUUUGCUCUCACAAAAAAAGAAGAGAGCGAUUUAAAAGAACAGAACAAGGAAGAGGUAGUGAGGGUGGAGGAGGAAGAUCUUGACCCCGAAGAUAUGGAAGUUUUUUAUCCAACACAUCAGUGGCAAACAGUCCGGCCAGGUCAAGCUGUUCCUGCAGGAUUACACGUGCAAUUAAAUCUUCAGACUGGAGAAAGGCUAGCCAGGCUUCCCGAUAACAACGAUGAAAAAAGUGAUGUGAAAGAUACUUCAAAAAAUAAAAGGUUGGGCCCCAUAGAUCUUGACCCAAGUUCAUUUACAACACAAGAACUCAAAAAGGCAUUGGCUAAAAUGAAGGAAAGCGUGAAGUCGGACGAUAUGCUGGAACAAAAGGCUCAUCAGGAAGAUGUCAGACGAAGGUUCCGUCCUAUUGAAAAACUUAAGGAAGAGUUUAGGGAGCUCAAUAUGCAGCUGGAAACGGAUUUUGAAAUUAUGUUUAAACUAAUCAACAGAUUCAACAGUACCACUUCAACGCUGGAAGAGAAAAUAGCGGCACUUUAUGAUCUUGAAUAUUAUGUUCAUCAGGUGGAUAAUGCCAAAGACUUGCUUUCCCUUGGUGGCUUACAACUUCUGAUUAAUGGGCUGAAUAGCACCGAGCCGUUGCUGAAGGAAUAUUCAUCCUUUGUCCUGGGAGCAGCUCUCUCUAGCAACCCCAGAGUGCAAGUAGCAGCUGUGGAUGGUGGCGCUUUGCAAAAACUGCUGGUAGUUUUGGCUACGGAUCAGUCUCUGGCUGUCAAGAAAAAGGCUCUCUUUGCUUUGUCAUCGAUGCUGCGAAACUUUCCCUAUGCCCAGCAGCAAUUCCUCAGGCUUGGAGGACUUCAAAUACUCCGAGAUCUUUGCACCGAGAAAGGCACCGAGACGCUACACGUUCGCAUUGUGACACUUCUCUAUGACUUGAUAAUAGAAAGGCUGUUGCUCAAGGAGUCUCAAGACGACGACGAGCUCUUGCAGGAGAAAACUCAGCAGUACCACCAGGUGAAUUUGACCCCCGCCAUCACAGAACAGGGCUGGUGCACCAUCAUUUCAAAUCUCUUGAAGCUGCCAGAACACGACACCAGAGAAAAGGUUCUUAAGACUGUGCAUGUGCUGCUAGCCUUCUGCAGAGACAAUUACAAAGGAGACCACGGCCUCAACCAUACGCUGCGCCUCCUUCGCCAAGAAUAUGAAGAGUUAGCAGCAGAAGAACAAAAGGAAGGGGAUGAAGACGGCUAUUUUAAGGAACUCCUUAGCUCUAUAAAUAGCAUCGCUCAGCAGCUAAAAUGAAGACUCUUGUAGCUUUGCUGAGAUGUAGAAAUUAAAUUUGGAAGGGGUUAUGCAUAAAUAAAUCAUUGGAUAAA